AUGGGACAUGCCAUUUUUGGCCCACCAGGUAUUCCGUGGCGGGAAAACCAGCAGCAACGAAGGCGGAGACGCGUGAAGUUCGUGAAGUUCGUGAAGUUCGUGAAGGUGCAAAACGGGAACGUCCAGGCCGGAAGUCUCAAGGUCUCAAGGCCAGACCUGGCGGAUCUGGCAGCCUCCAGGUUCGCGAAGAGCCUCAUUGUCUUGCUGAAAUAUCUCAUUUUUGGUGGCAAAAGUUGUCGUUCGCGUUGUCUGCGUGGCAAAGAUGCAGCGCCGUUGCUGGAGCUGCUACCACGACAGGCUGAAGCGAGCCGCAGCAAAGGUGGCAAGGCAGAAGCCAAGCGCAGGGAGAAGGCUUCCACUCGGGCACCGGUGCCAUUUGAGCCCCAGGAGAGCCGCCCCAAAGCUGAAAGCGAUGCCCUGCGAGCUCCGGAGCCUGAGCGUUUGGUGCCAAGCGUCGAGGCGGAGGAAGCACCAUGUGAAGCUGCGGAGCCUGAAGGCAAGGCCGGCGAACCGCACGACGACGCAAAGAACGUCGCCGACGCGGAAGCUGUCGAUCGAGGAAACGAGGCCCAACUUGCGGAAGAUGAGGGUGACAAGGCGGAGCUGGCUAUACCUGCUCCGUCGCUGAAUGCUGGCGCCCUGGAGUUUCUCCCGGAGCCGGCGGAGGAGAUGUUGGUCAUGGAGGUGGUACCACGCCCAGAUCUUCCGUUGGAUGAGACCUUCGAGACUCAAGGCUUUGAUGGAGGAUUGAUGGGUUUUGACUAUGGCCCGAGCAUGGAGGCAUCCACCUUUGAUGCCGGAGGCGGAGGAUACCUGGAGCCGAUGGAUGGCGAUCCCAUGGCAUAUCAAAGCUAUGGAGGCAGCUACGAUGGAGGCUACAAUGCUUCCUACGAGAUGGGUCAAAUGGGUUAUAGCGCUGAAACCCAUAGCUAUGGCUCCUACGAUGGCUACGAGUCAAAUUACCCAGCGCAGGAGUAUGACAGCUACGGCUACAUGCAGGAACAUGGCUGGAGCGAACCGGGCUGGAAUGACAGUGCCCCCUUUGCAGGCGACGAAAUGCCUUUGCAAGAGGUCUCUCAGCCAUCGCAACGCACAUGGGUCUUCUCGCAGGAAGACAAGGAAAGCAGUGCUGCACCCUUGGCCGAACUCCCGGAUCCCGGCCUGGGCAGAGCGUCCCUAGCCCGUAGAAACGAGAAGGGCCAGGGCCAGCAGGGCCAGCGUCAUGGAGGCUGGCAAAGGAAGCGAGGUGUCACGGAAGUCGAGGACUCCGAGCAAAGGCUGGGGCACCCAAGGUCACUGGGUACACCAUUCGCGGUGGCGGAGCCCCAUAGAUGGUUCGCAGGAAGAAUCAGAGCUAUGGGCCUAUGUGGACCCCCGGGGCAAGAUCCAGAGUGGCUUCAGCAGCAGCAAGAUGCGCGGGUGGUUCGAGGCCGGCUUCUUCAAGGAGCAUUUGGAGGUGGCGCUGCUGAAAGCGGAUGGGCAGGUGCCACCGCGGCGCGCCUUUCAACCUUUGCACCAGGUGUUCCCAUCGGUGGACAGGUGCUUUCUCUGACAGGAAACAAACACGUUCGCGCCACGCCAUUGAAAUCCCGAGAUUUGAUCAACUGGGGAUGGCUGGAGUACUCGCCGCCAGUGAAAUGGAAGGGUGUGGUGGAAUGCCAACACGCCUGUGUGGUGCGCUCCGGUGCGAGUCUGGAUUCUGAGUGGUUGGACGAACUGCCGCCGCAAACUGUUGUGCUGGUGGUGGAGGAGCAAGAAGCUUCUGGGCGUCUAAGACUCCGUCUGUCCGAACCUUUGGAUGGUUGGGUCACCGCCAAGUACGUGAGGCGCAGUGUCAACGGUGAUGCGCCCCACGGCCAUGUGGAAGAGGACUGGAAACCGCUGGGUGAAGCCACCUUCUUCCCGGACGGCAGUGUCCCAGUGACGGACAAGACGCCCAUGGGGUAUCCCGUGGACAUCUUUCGUGGACAAGAUGUGGACUUGAGCUUCGGUUCUCCUGCGGCCAUGUACCGAGACAAGGUGGAGGUGGCGAUGUGGAUUGCACGACGGGUGAGCAAUUUCAAAGACUCCUUGGGGGAAGAGGUGAAUGCCACUCUGCUGUCGGAUGCGGAGAAGCCUCCCGACCUGGCAAGCAGGAGGGAUCAACGGUCGCAUCGACCACAGGUCUUGUACAUUGCUGGUGUCGAAGGCACCGGGCACCACGGCGUGAUGCCCAUGAUCCUCUACCCAGCUGUCAGACAGUACGGGAGUUGCACACUCUCCUGGUGGCGUUCCUUGAGAGAGGUCCUGAUGAAGGUCCAUCCGCGGCAGCGGCGCCAGCGCUUGAAGGCGUUGUUGGAAGCGUUUCUUGUCGUCUCGGCUUCAGCGCUGCGAGAAUGA